CCAACCACUUCCGGAAACGUGGUUUUCGCCAAGCUUAUCGUAUUCGACAACUUUUCCCAACCUUUUCCCAACCACUUGUCCGUCUAAUUCCCGACUUAACCAACACCACAGCCUCUAGUCGUGACUUCUAGUCGUGGGUGGUUUUUCACGAGUGUUGUACGAGUCGUCAGGAGGAAAAGUUUGUUUGUGGUCACGUGAUACUUCCCACGUUGACUCCUUCUUUUCAGCCUUUUUCAACAACCUCUCAGCUGGGAUUGAGACGCAGAAAUGGCCGCUCCGCAAACUGUACAACGUGGGAUCGUUAAAUCGGUGCUGUCCGGUGAUGCUGUCAUCAUCCGUGGACAGCCCAAGGGCGGCCCUCCCCCGGAGAAACAGCUGAACCUGUCCAAUAUCGUGGCGCCCAAGAUGGCGCGGCGAGCCAACCCCAACGUGGAGGCCUCUGUUGAGACCAAGGAUGAGCCGUUUGCAUGGGAGGCGCGUGAGUUCCUGCGUAAGAUGGUGGUGGGGAAGGAGGUUUGCUUCACCGUGGAGUACAAGGUCCCCGGAACCGGCCGCGAGUACGGAUGUCUGUACGUCGGGAAAGACCCCCAGAGCGGUAAGAACGUGACGGAGGCUCUGGUGAAUGAAGGUCUGGUAGAGGUGCGCAGGGGAGGAAUCAAACCAAGCGAUGACCAGGCCAAACUGUGUGACCUUGAGGACACUGCCAAGUCCAACAGUAAGGGGAAGUGGGCAGCAGACGCUCAGUCUCACGUACGUGAUGUAGCCUGGACGCUGGAGAACCCUCGCAACUUUGUUGACGCUCAUCACAACAAGCCUGUCAAAGCGAUUGUUGAACACGUGCGAGAUGGCUGUACCCUUCGAGCCUUCCUCCUGCCCUCAUUCCAGUACAUCACUGUCAUGCUGUCUGGGAUCAAGUGCCCCAUGUUCAAGCGUGAGGGAGACAAAGAGGUUGCAGAACCGUUUGCGGACCAGGCCAAGUUCUUUGUGGAGUCUCGUCUGCUCCAGCGUGAUGUAGAGAUCAUCAUGGAGGGGGUGUCCAACCAGAACAUCCUGGGAACUGUGCUCCAUCCGAAUGGGAACAUCACAGAGUUCCUGCUGCAGGAGGGCUUCGCUCGCUGUGUGGACUGGAGCAUGGGUGUGGUCACUACAGGGGCCGACAAACUGCGCUCCGCCGAGAAAGCUGCCAAAGAGAAGCGACUGCGUAUCUGGAAGGACUACACUCCCUCCCAGACCUCCAUCGCCAUCACUGAGAAACAGUUCACUGGCAAGGUGAUUGAGAUCAAUAAUGCGGAUCGUCUGGUGAUCAAAACGGCUGAAAACCAGAUCAAGGAGGUCACCCUGUCCAGUAUUCGACCUCCCAGGAUGACAGAUGACGCUGGUGCUAAGGACAACACAAAGCGUAUCCGUCCUCUGUAUGACGUCCCCUACAUGUUCGAGGCUCGCGAGUUUCUCAGAAAGAAACUCAUUGGCAAGAAGGUGAAUGUGAGUGUGGACUACAUCAGGCCUGGCAGUGACGGCUACCCUGAGAGAACAUGUGCCACAGUCACCAUCGGUGGCAUAAACGUAGCGGAAGCCCUGGUGAGUAAAGGCUUUGUGACUGUAGUGCGCUACAGGGCAGACGACGACCAGAGAUCUGCACAUUACGACGAACUCCUGGCAGCGGAAGCAAGGGCUCAGAAGAACGCAAAGGGUCUUCAUAGCAAGAAGGAGGUCCCCAUCCACCGAGUAGCAGACCUGUCUGGGGACACCAACAAGGCCAGGCAGUUCCUGCCGUUCCUCCAGCGUGCCGGGCGCUCGGAUGCCAUCGUUGAGUUCACGGCGAGCGGGUCACGUGUCCGCCUGUACCUGCCCAAGGAGACCUGCCUUAUCACAUUCCUGCUGGCCGGUAUCUCGUGCCCCAGGGUCCCCCGCAGCCUGCCCAGCGGACCCACAGAGGGAGAGCCGUUCGGAGAAGAAGCCCUGCUCUUCACCAAAGAACUCUGCAUGCAAAGAGAGGUGGAGGUAGAAGUUGAGGCCAUCGACAAGGCUGGGAACUUCAUCGGCUGGCUGUUUGUAGAUGGAGUUAACCUGUCUGUGGCGCUGGUGAAGGAAGGUCUGUCCAAGGUCCACUUCACCGCCGAGCGCAGCCAGUACUACCACCAUCUCGUGUCUGCCGAGGAGGAGGCCAAGAAGGAGAAGAUCAAGAUGUGGGCUAACUAUGAGGAGCCCAAGGACAUUGUGGUAGUGGAGGAGUCAGAGCGCAAUGUCAGCUACAAGGACGUGGUGGUGACGGAGGUCGGGGAGGAGAUGAAGUUCUACGCACAGCACGUGGAGACUGGCCCCCAUCUGGAGAAGAUGAUGGAAGAACUGCGUACAGAGAUGACGGACACCCCCCCUCUCCAGGGCGCCUACACCCCCCGGAAGGGGGACCUAUGUGCCGCCAAGUUUGUGGAUGAAGAAUGGUACCGUGCCAGGGUGGAGAAAGUGUCUGGGAACCAAGCCAACGUCUUGUAUGUGGACUAUGGAAAUAGAGAGGUGAUCCCAGCUGCCAGACUGGCCGCCCUGCCCUCCACAUUCCACACCCUCUCCAUCCAGGCUCACGAGUACCAGCUGGCCUUCAUCACUGUCCCAGAGGACCCCGAGGCUAAGAAGGACGCCCAGGAAGCCUUCGCGAAGGACGUUCUGAACCAGCAGCUGGUGCUGAACGUGGAGUACAAGAACCAGGGGCAGGACAUGGUCAUCCUGCUGACCGCAGACAAGAGCUCGGACAUCGGCCUGGGACUGGUGAAGGACGGACUGGUCAUGGUGGAGGCACGGCGCGAGAAAAGGCUGCAGAAGAUGGUCAAUGACUACAAGAAGGCCCAAGAAGCAGCCAAGAAUGCUCGGCUGAACCUGUGGCAGUACGGUGACUUCACCGCCGACGAUGCGGUAGAGUUCGGCUACAAACGCUGAGCGGCCCGCUCCACACCCAAGCACAGCAGCACAAGAUGGAACAUAGGGUCUUCCAAUUCAUCACAGUUCUGCCCGAGAGAGAGAGAGAGAGAGAGUACACUUUUCCAGACAAACCUGUAGUAUACUACAGUUUAGCACACACAGUAAAAAUGUAGUCGGUAGGCAAUUAUUAUGUAAUUAGACAGAAUAUGUAAUUAAUAUUAAUAGCAAAAAGUCUGAAUAAAAACAACUGUAAUUUUGAUUUGUCAAAUGAAUACUAUUAGAUUGCUGCAAAGCAAUAAAUUUUUCCGCUGCAAAAAAAAUGUAAUGCUUAGCAAUGAUACUUAUUAAGACUUUUUUCACUUGAAAUAUACUCAGUAAUCAGUUUUAAAGGGAUUUUAUUGAGCAGUAUUUAAAUUAUUACUACUCAAGAAACUAACUUAUGGCUUGAUCUUGAAUCAGACAAAGCAUAUUGGCAAGUAACAAAUGUAUUAAAGGGUUAUUAUGUAACAUAUUUGCACCAGAAAUCUAAAUAUUUGACUCGAAAAAAAAAUCUUCAUGUGAUUGUCAUUUACUUCCACUUUUCACCAUAUUUGUGCAAUUAUCUCAUUUUUUACAUUUAUGGUUGGUGCUGAAACAGGCCACACCAGGCACACUCAGUUUGUGGUGCCACCACAAAAUACACAAAUGUAAACAAACAUGGCUGACAGCUGUGUUUCCAGCUUUUUUUUCCAUGGUGUAACAUUUUGGCACUUACAGUUCCUGACUGACGCAUAUUUGUAUUGGAGAAGGGCUGAUUCAACUUACUUUGUAAAGAAAUGGCCAAAAAAUUGACUUGUGUCAAAUGUUACAUAAUGCAUCUUUAAUACCCAACACUGGCAAGUUACAAUUUUACCUACUUACAUUGUACAUGUACAUGUAGAUGAAAUGUAUGGCCAGUACAAGUUACAUCUCAUUAAUGUUAUGAUGAUACAUUAUUAUAUUUUGAUAAGAUGUAUUUGCCAAAGAAUUUGAGCAUCUAUUAUUCUCAAUAAGUAAUGUAUAACUGACAAAGCAAAAAAAUACCAUAGUGAUAUCUUUGAAUACUCGAAAUUAGCAAAUGUAGGAUACUUGAUAAUUGAAUGUUAUGAGAAAGUAUAAAGAGACUGAGACGAUAAUAAUUUGUUAGACUAUACAGCGUAAUGUUUUCAUUUUCCAUUCCAAUAUAUUAGCAAAGAGGUCAUUAUGAAAAAUAACUGUAAUAAGAAUGAACUGUAGGGAAAAGGUGUACAAGGGGGGCAAGAAAUAAACAGAACUGUGCAAAAUCAA